GGAUUAAUUAGUUAUCAUAGCAACACUAGUGGCGGCGUUAACAACGGUGUGAAGAUUGUGUGGUGGCUGAGGUAGAAGUUGUGGUGUCUUGGGUAGUAAAAACGAUAUCGGAGAAAAACAUUUUCAUCAAAAAAUGACCUCGAUUUCGACUGGAGGAGGUCCAACUCUGGAACAAAGAAGAGCAUUUUCAGGCAUUAAGGAUGGGGCAGAAAUCCCAGGAUAUAGAGGCUACAUCCCACAGUUGAAAUACCGAGUAGGGAGCACAUACGGAGCGGAAACACUCGCGCUCAGUCAGGACUACGGCAUGAAAACAAACACAAGUUCUGGGCAGGAGUGUGAGAAGCUGGUGGAACAGCUGCCUCUCACCAAUGGCGACAACAAGUUCACAGAGAAGAUGGUACCGGGCUACACAGGCUACGUCCCUCGCCUGAUGUUCAAGUUUGGCGGCACCUACAGGCACGACUGUGACGUCAGCAUCGGCAACUUCCUGACGAGUCGAGACAGCCACGCAGACAAGCAGUACGAGCUGUUACGUCACACGAGCGCCAACCCACGUCUCACGGCCAUCUCACAUGACCCCGAUGUCAAGGACAAGCUCAACACAUACAGAGAUACCCACCCCAUUCAGGCCACCUUGAUUGCCAACAAAAGACCCCUGAGAGAACCUCCGAUCCCCGGCUACCAAGGAUUCGUCCCCAGGGUGUUCCCCACAGAGGUGGCCCUAGGACAGAGAUACAACCGUGCCACAAACAGUGGCCUUGACCUUUUUAUACGAGAGCAGAACCACAACAGGCUGAUCAACCACUCCACGCCCGUCCGGCCAAUCACAAUAGACAGUCCUCCAGUUGAUUUCACCACCUCAAGCACGCGGCCCGGCCUCGACUACAGCACACGUAUCUACAUGAGGGACGGGAUGAUCCCCAAGUACACAGGCUACAUACCACAGCGCAGAUAUGUGUUUGGCAACACCUAUGGAGACGAGACCCGUUCGCUAGAGGUCUGCGCCCACCAAGCCCCCAACUUUGGUGCCUUUGUGCGCUCAAAAACUUUCGCAUAAGUCAACUUGCCAGAAAAAUGUUACAGAAAAAGCCAAAAUGAAGCCAAAUUUGUUUUUGUAGCUGGAUUAGGUGGGAACUUCAUUUUGCCCUACACCUUGCUGAAGAGAUUAGAGUGGAGCCGCCAGUCAUGCUUGUUUCAUCAAGGGAGGGAGUGGGUCGUCUGCUAGCCAUCAACAGCCAGCUCGUGGUGUAAAUACAGGCCACAUAGCUAGCCAGAGAUUUUUUUCUUAACAAAAAUAUUUGUGUGUCCAUGUAUUGUCUCUCAGUGAGUAGCAACGAUUGUUUAGAGUGGUGUCAUCUGCUGGUGUCAUCUGGUGGUGUCAUCUGGUGGUGUCAUCUGUUGGUGUCACCUAAUGGUGGUGUCAUCUGGUGGUGUCACCUAAUGGUGGUGUCAUCUGCUGGUGUCAUCUGCUGGUGUCAUCUGCUGGUGUCAUCUGCUGGUGUUACCUGCUGGUGUCACCUAAUGGUGGUGUCAUCUGCUGGUGUCAUCUGCUGGUGUCAUCUGGUGGUGUCACCUGCUGGUGUCAUCUGCUGGUGUCAUCUGCUGGUGUCACCUAAUGGUGGUGUCAUCUGCUGGUGUCAUCUGCUGGUGUCAUCUGGUGGUGUCACCUGCUGGUGUCAUCUGCUGGUGUCAUCUGCUGGUGUCAUCUGCUGGUGUCACCUAAUGGUGGUGUCAUCUGCUGGUGUCAUCUGCUGGUGUCAUCUGCUGGUGUCACCUAAUGGUGGUGUCAUCUGGUGGUGUCACCUAAUGGUGGUGUCAUCUGCUGGUGUCAUCUGCUGGUGUCACCUAAUGGUGGUGUCACCAACACAAACUCUAUAUCAUGUCACCUCAUGUUGUGUGACCCAAGUGAUGUCAUCACAAAAAUUGUCUAGAAACAAAAAUAUGCUCAAAACUUGCACAGUUUUUCACUCUUUGUUUUUUCUAUUGAAUUCAAAUAUCAGCAUUAACCAAUGUUUUUUUUCUACUCACAAAGUAAUCAACUUUAAGGGGGUCUCAUUAAUGAAUCCUUUGAGUAAUCAAUUUUAAGAGGGUCUCAAUAUUAUUAAAUGGUGUCUAAUUGAUAAACUUUGUUUGAUCUAAUUGAUAAAUUUAGUGAUCAAUGAAUGGAUUUAGUGGUCAAUCAAAAAUGCAGUAUUAUUGAUACGCUCUAUUUGGUCUUAGUAAGUUCAACGUAUCAAUUUAAACCAUUUGUAAAUAAAAAAUCUUUCUAAACCAUUUGUAAACAAAAACUUUUUAAACCAUUUGUAAACAAAAACUUUCUAAACAAUUUGUAAAUAAAAACUUUCUAAACCAUUUGUGAAAAAAGACUUUCUAAACCAUUGAUAAACAAAAACUUUCUAAACCAUUUGUACACAAAAAAAAUUUCUAAACCAUUUGUAAACAAAAACUUUCUAAACCAUUUGUAAACAAAAAAUUUCUAAACCAUUUGUAAACAAAAACUUUCUAAAUCAUUUGUAAACAAAAACUUUCUAAACCAUUUGUAAACAAAAAUUUUCUAAACCAUUUGUAAACAAAAACUUUCUAAACUAUUUGUAAACAAAAAUUUUCGAUACCAUUUGUAAACAAAAACUUUCUAAACCAUUUGUAAACAAAAACUUUCUAAACCAUUUGUAAACAAAAACUAUCUAAACCAUUUGUAAACAAAAACUUUCUAAACCAUUUGUAAACAAAAACAUUUCAGCUCCCGUGUCAGCAUUUAAGCUUUACAAUUUGAUUGGCCUUUUAAUGGAUGUUAGCUAAGAUCGCUUUGUAAAUGUUUUUAAAUUUACAAUUUGGGUCUCAUAUUUCAACUAGUUUAUUAUCUUUUAACAAGUGUGCUUUGACAAUGUGUGAUUAACAAUUUUCAGCCAAAUUUUUAUACAUCUGCUCUUUGCACAAAAUAUGUGUCACCCCUCAAGCUACAGUAUUAAUAAAAAUCUCAUGAUGAAAAUGA